CGCCGUUGGGUGAAAAAAAAAUCAAAGUUCUUACCUCUAAGGGUUGAACGAUGCUGAUGCAGAGGCCGCUGCCGUGAUGGGGCUCGCACCUUCAUGCUCCUUGGCGGUGGAACCUUCGACACGUUAGUCGGCACUGUGCAAUGGUCCGACGGGUAGAUAGACACGCCGAACGUAUAACCGCAAAUCGGUGUUUGAUGCCGGGCAUGGUGUUGGACGUCAAGAUGGAUGACUGUGAUGGGAGAGAGACCCGCGGAAUCCGCUCGGCACAGCGGCUAUCAUUCGGCGCCGGAUCUACAAACUUUCCAUUGUGUCCGAACGACAGAAAACAGCACUAAGGAGAAAGAGUCUGUCGUCCGCGAUGCUACACAGUUAUAUCUUUCUCGGCGACAAGAAAGCCUCCCCGCUGCCUGCCGUCCCCAGUCAAAGUUUAGAAAACUGAAGGCGCAAUUGGACGGAUCGAUGUCCAUCACUGCGUGGGACCGUGCGGGCUGGCCAACUGAUCAACCUUCCCGUCAUUCUUUCUUGUUCGACAGCUCCUGUUAAUGACUUGCCAGCAUGGCUAUGAGGAGAUUCUACCAGGGUGACGGAGGCGGACUUAGGGAUCAUUCCGUCCAGUACGCUUUCGUCCACAAUACGCAGAAAUUUGUCUCAGACUCAACGGGAACAUCACGUUGGCGGGUUUGGAUAAUAUCCGAACCUGGGGUACUACUCGUCGGCCCGCCACUAGUCAGACGGCCAGUUUUGCUUUGUAGACCUGACGAGUAGACAGGUCCUGUGUUUCAAAGACUUGCAUCCUCUCGUGUCUCGUAUUCACUAUUGUUGUCCCGUUCAACCCCCGCCUGCUACCUUUGUACCUGGACCUACGUAUAGUGUCCGGCUAGGGUGGUGGGCUUCCGCAUGGCUGCGGAGAAUUUAUCCCCACCUACGACAGAGAUCACUACAUUCCGAUGCCCCUCCUCUUUUAUUCGUACUCUUCUCUUUCUAUAUUAUCUGUCCUACUCCCCAGAUAACAUGGGGGAAACACAUGAUCUUGUCCAUUUUUACUCAUCCUUUGGCAAUAUACUCUCCACCUUCCUAUCAUACCUUUGACUUCACCUCACUGAAGCUGUGAGCCAAGUCUUCCCAGAACUUCCAAGGCCGAGGGAGGCUUUGGAGCUUGCUCUCAUACCCUUAUCACCGUCACAAUGGGCCUCGUCGAAGAUGUUGCUGGGAACCUCUCCUUGAAGAAUACCCCGAUUAUAUUUGGAGGGGUGCUCCUCGGCUUGAUAGUCUUCAGAUACUUGCAGGUAGUAUGGCAGAAUCUCAGAAUCGCCAGAAUGGGUUUGCGGCCUCCCAAGAUCCGCGACAGUGGACUUUUUGGCAUCAAGUUCAUCAAGACCAAUGUUAAGAUGGCAGCUGAGCACAAAAACCUCCAGUUUUGGCAACAGAUGUUCAGAAGCAUUGGUGGGUACACUGGCGAGGUUAGGCUUGUUGGUCAUCGAAUCAUCUUUACCUCGGAGCCGGAAAACAUGAAGGCCAUUCUAGCCACCCAGUUUGAAGACUACGGCAAGGGCGAAGGUUUCCAUCAGGAGUGGAAGGAUUUCUUGGGUGACAGCAUCUUCACGACCGAUGGCGAUCUUUGGCAUGCCAGCCGUCAACUAAUCCGCCCCCAAUUCAUCAAGAACCGUGUUAGUGACUUGCAAUGUUUUGAGAAUCAUAUGCAAAUGCUUUUCCGCACAAUCGCCAAUGGAGGAGCCCUAAAUGGUGAGGAUCAGAUGGUCGAUAUGGAAGCUGGUAAUGGAAAGCCGGUCGAUAUCAGCGAUCUCUUCUUUCGUUACACGUUGGAUGCCGCCACCGAUUUCCUCCUUGGCAAAGAUAUCAAGUCGUUGAGCACCCCUGUACAACCUUUUGCCGACGCGUUCCAGGAGGUACAACGAGUACAGAUCGUCAUCGCCAGAGCCGGACCUCUCAACCGUUUUGUGCCGAAAAAGACCUUUUGGGAAGGAUUGAAAGUCAUCGACGAGACUAUCAACUUCUACAUUGAUCGCGCCCUUCGACUUGAUGAGGAGGAGCUCGCGAGCAAGUCCAAGGGAGACGAGGGCUACACUUUUCUCCAUGCCCUUGCUGGUUUCACCAAAAACCGCCAAGUGUUGCACGACCAGCUGAUGGCCGUUCUCCUUGCCGGACGUGAUACAACAGCUUGCACCCUCUCAUGGGCAAUUUACGAGCUCGCCCGCCAUCCCGAAGCUGUGGCGAAGCUACGCGCCGAGAUCCUCUCCGUUGUCGGACCUGACCGCGCUCCCACAUAUGACGAUCUCAAGAGCAUGAAGUACCUUCAGAAUGUCAUGAACGAGACUCUGCGGCUGUACCCCGUAGUUCCUUUCAAUGUACGGAUGGCCCUCAAGGACACUACUCUCCCCCGUGGCGGUGGUCCUGAUGGCUCUCAGCCAAUCGUUAUUCUCAAGGAUACACCCGUCGGUUAUAGCCCUCUUGCCAUGCAGCGCCGACCCGAUCUGUACCCUCCCGUCAGCGAGAAAUUCCCAGAUGUUGAGAUGUUCUCUCCAGACCGCUGGUUCCACUGGCAGCCUAAGCCGUGGCAGUAUAUCCCGUUCAACGGAGGCCCGCGUAUCUGCAUCGGCCAGCAAUUCGCCCUUACCGAGAUGGGAUAUGUGCUGACGCGACUGUUCCAGCGAUACGACCGGGUGGUGAGCUACAUGGAUGAAAUUGAUGGAGGCAAGCCGAGGAUGAAGACUGAUAUUGUCUUGAUGCCUGGCGAUGGAGUCAAGGUCGCGUUCUUUGAGGCGAAGCGGGAAUGACUUGUUUGAACCAGUAGCAUUGUAUAUACCUAACCUACCUACGACGUAAGACUUUGGCAUCCCCGGUUUAGGCGGUUCAUGUCUCUGCUCAUAAUACCACUGGUACUUCUCAUUGAG